UUCCAUUCUGUUCUUCCUGUUGUACCCACAAACAGGUGACCAGGUAACAAAUUUGUCUUUGUUAGACAAUAACGAUCGCAUUCAAAGAAGUCUUCAGGAAGCGCAACUCCUCAUCUUCCCAUAGUAAAGAUGGCGGCGCCUCCAAUGUAAACUGCAGGUAAUACCACUUCCUCAUUUCUCCUGCGCCCUCGUCCAAGAUGGCGGACGAGGCUACUCGGCGUGUAGUGUCUGAGAUCCCGGUGCUGAAGACUAACGCCGGACCUCGAGAUCGGGAGUUGUGGGUGCAGCGACUCAAGGAGGAAUAUCAGUCUCUUAUCCGGUAUGUGGAGAACAACAAGAAUGCGGACAAUGAUUGGUUCCGACUGGAGUCCAACAAGGAGGGGACUCGGUGGUUUGGAAAGUGCUGGUACAUCCAUGACCUCCUCAAAUAUGAGUUUGACAUCGAGUUUGAUAUUCCUAUCACAUAUCCCACUACUGCUCCAGAAAUUGCUGUCCCUGAACUGGAUGGAAAAACGGCAAAGAUGUACAGGGGUGGCAAAAUAUGCCUGACAGAUCACUUUAAGCCUUUGUGGGCCAGGAACGUGCCCAAGUUUGGAUUAGCUCAUCUCAUGGCUCUGGGGCUGGGUCCAUGGCUGGCAGUCGAAAUCCCGGAUCUGAUUCAGAAGGGUGUGAUUCAGCAUAAAGAGAAAUGCAACCAAUGAAGGAUCAAGACACUGAGGCAGGACAGAGGGAACUUUGAUAGUCUACGUUCCUGUUUUCCUGUACAUUACUCUUCUUACUCAUCUAACUGCUUCCCCCCACAUCCAUUCACCCGUAAUUGUUAUGAAGUGGCUGCAGCAGGCCUUGCUCGGGGGGAAAAAACAACAACGGUAUUGCUACUGAAUUUCUAAGUUAGGCUACACGGGGAGGGGAAAGACUGGGGCUUGGGAAAACAGAAAGGCAAUUUAUAUCCCUUUCCCAGGUGGAGCAAUGUGAGAUGCUGGAGGGAUAGGGGGUGACUGAAAGUGGGUACAUAGUCUUGUUGGUUUCUGAAGAUAACUCGUCAAUAAAAGCUGCUUCCUCUGGU